AUGGCUGCCCCCAGGCGGUACUGCGCUGGGCUCGUUCGGGCCUUGUUAGGGGCCUGGCAGGUGGGUUCGCAUGCAGGGAGGGAGUGGCUUGCUCCGCCCGUCUGUCUUCUAGGUAGCCAGGCGAGAUGCGUGUCCUGUGUCGUGGGCGCCACUUUCUCUGGUCCCCUCCUGGCCUCGGCCUCCAGUCGUUAUGGUCAGGACUCCGCCUUGGACCGUAUCCUUGGAUUUCCUCAGCCUGACACUUCGUUGGUUCCGAGCGUCCCCGCGGUGUCGGUGCACAGAGAUGAGCAGAAUCUACUCUUGGUCCAUACUCCUGACAUGCCUGAGAAUCCACGGGUCCUCCGAGUGGUCCUCCUGGGAGCCCCCAAUGCAGGAAAGUCAACACUUUCCAAUCAGCUGCUGGGCCGUAAAGUAUGCCACAGAUAUCUCAACCUCUAUACCUCCCUUUUUACACAUUAUUUUCUGUAUAUGUGUGUUUUGCCUGCAAGUGCUCAGAUUCUGCUUGACACACCCGGCAUCAUCAGUCCUGUUAAACAGAAGAGGCACCAUCUGGAGCGCUCUUUGCUGGAAGAUCCAUGGACGAGCAUGGAAUCUGCUGAUCUUGUUGUAGUUCUUGUGGAUGUGUCAGACAAGUGGACUAGGAGCCGGCUAAGCCCCCAGGUGCUGCAGUGCUUGACCAAGUUCUCCAAGGUCCCUAGCAUCCUCGUCUUAAACAAGGUAGAUUGCCUGAAGCAGAAGUCAGUUCUCCUGGAGCUGACAGCAGCCCUCACUGAAGGUGUUGUCAAUGGCAAGAAGCUUAAUAUCAAGCAGGCCUUGCACUCACGCCCCGGCACCCACUGCCCUGGCCCUGAAACUGAGGGCCCAAAUGCACACUCAGUGAGAAACCCUCAGAGAAUUGGCUGGCCCUACUUCCAGGAGAUCUUCAUGUUAUCAGCACUAAACAACAAGGAUGUGAACACAUUGAAGCAAUACCUUCUGACACAGGCCCAGCCAGGACCCUGGGAGUUCCACAGUGGUGUGCUCACUAGCCAGACACCUGAAGAGAUCUGUGCCAAUAAAAUCAGAGAGAAGCUCCUAGAGUACCUGCCUGAGGAGGUGCCCUACGGUGUGCAGCAGAAGACAGUGAUAUGGGAGGAAGGACCAAGUGGGGAGCUAGUGAUCCAACAGAACCUUCUGGUGCCCAAAGAAUCUCAUGUGCGGAUCCUGAUUGGUCAGAAGGGCCUCUUGAUCUCCCAGAUUGCACAGGAGGUGGGCCGGGACCUCAUGGACAUCUUCCACUGUGACGUUCUCAUCCGUCUCUCUGUGAAACUCCUCAAAUGACCAUCCUCUGUUGCUUCUCCCAGUGGAUCCCUGCUCAAGCUGCUGGCAGAGUCACUGGCUAGAACUACCCCUGUCAGAGGGGUCUACGGGACUGGGAAGGGCCAUGGACACUGACUGGUUUCCAUUGUGAGGGACCCAUGGCUCCAGCUGCAUAUGCAGCAGAGGAUGGCCUAGUCGGUCAUCAGUGGGAGGAGAGGCCCUUGGUCCUGUGAAGGUCCUGUGCUAGCCAGCCUGGUGUCACUGAGUCUGCACAGUGCUAGCCCAACCAUGUUUCCAUUGGAGGAGAGAAGCUGCCUUAGCUCGGUUCUCAGGUAGUUCCUCUGCCUAGGGUCUCAGUCAGUUAUAUAGGACACAUGCUAAACCACAUCCUAGAACCCCAUGGUUCUAAGUCCUAUCCUGCCCCGCUACCAUAGGAACCAAACUCUUGCCCUGAGUUUCCACUUGUUGGUAGGAACACAAUUUUUCUCUUCUUCCCCCAAAUUCCUUCCUUACCUUGAAGUUGCAUAAGGACCUGUGUUUCCUUUUUUUGGUUUUAUAAGACAGGGUUUUUUUUUUUUUUUUUUUUGAGACUGGGUUCUCACCCUACAACUCUAACUGCUUGGCUAUCCCUACAUAGAUCAGGCUAGCUUUAAACUCACAGAGGUCCUCCCACCCCAUCCAACCACCCAGCCUUGGAUGCUAAUAAAGUUAAAUGACAAGUG